AAAAAGUUUCAAAAUAUAACCAGAUUUUUUAUAUUUCAAAGAUGUCACUGUCAGUGAGAUCGAAGAUUUUUCCUUUCCUUACGGCUACAAAAUUCUUAGUUUUUCCAAAACGUUUGGUGUCAUGUAUGAGUUUCAUAAAUUUUCGUCACAACGACGACAACAAUUACACAUUAGAUGGCCCAAAAGAGUUAAUAAAAGCUGAUGAGCCUGCUGGUGUUAAUAUUGUUGACGUUAAACGUCUCGUGAAGAACAGGCUUUUUAGUGAAUCCCUUCAAGAUUACGCCCCGAUAGGAGGAGGAUUUUCGAAAAAAUCUCACGAAGAUUCAAAAGUGCCAUUGUCCCGAGACAAUAUUUUAACAUAUUUAGACAAUAAUGAUCGUGAUAAUCAUUUUCAAUUUCAUACGAUGGCCACCCAACUGAAUAAAUGCGAAACGACCUAUGUCGCAAAACCAGCUAAAGAUAUGGGAAGACUGAAAUAUCACGCCGAACUGGAGGACGCCAUUAAUAAACAAAUCAUGUCGGAAUUGAACGCUGCUUUUGGUUACUUAUCCAUAGCAGCUUUUUUCGGCAGAAACGACGUUGGUAAAAAAGGAGCUCACAAUUUCUUUAUGGUUAUGUGUAACGAGGAAAUUGAACACGCUUUGAGACUCAUCGAAUACCAAUUGUCUCGCGGUGGGAUCGUGAAGUUAUGCAAUAUUGGUAUUAAUGAGUCAGUUGAAUGGUGUUCUAUUCCGAAAGCUAUUGAAAUUGCUUUGGAACUUGAAAAAGUUGUUACUUCUGAAAUCACUAAUGUCAUUUGUGUUGCGAAAAAACAUGAUGAUUAUCAUACUGAAAAUAUGUUAGUUAGUGAAUUUGUAACAGAACAGUACGAAGCCGUGAACAAAUUAUCUUGUUUAUUAGCACAAAUAUACAAAAUGGGUAAAUGUGGUGUUGCUGAUUACAUGAUUGAUAAAAUGUUAAUGGACGAAGAUGGGCAUGGAAGGAAGCCGAAAAAGAAAUGAUUACGCGAUUUUUUAUAUAAAUUUUUCUUUUAUAAAAUUGAUAACUAAUAAAAAUUAUAUGUAGGUAUUUUUGUUUAUUUCAGUAUAACUCAGUGAACAAAUUGGCUUGUAUGCUUGUUCGUGCUAUUAAAA